CUUGGUGGUUGGCGCAUGCGCACCUCGCGACACCAGCCGGCCGGACCGAGGGACCGAGUAACGGCCUGUUUGUUUCAAGCUACGUCACAGUUCCCCACCCCCCCCCGCGCAGGGAGGGGUCUGGCGCCGGGCUCAGGAGGAGGGUAUGCUAUGACUGGCUUCAGACUGCCUAUUACUGCGGUUAGAAAGCUAAAUGUCUGGCUUGCACUCUGCGAGAAAUUCCCUUCUAAUAAAUUAUGUACCUCCUGGAAGAGAUACAUCUCCUCUGGUCAACAACUGGCUACAAUAAACUACAAAAAAUAUUUCAGCAUUUCUCCUGUGAAACUUUAUGCAUUUAUAAGACCUUCUCUAGAAUGUACAUCGUUGCUUUCUGUACGAACUAAAAGUAAUUCAAGCUCUGGGAAAAAGAAACAACCUAUGCAACAAGAGGAGGAGGAGGAUGAAGAUGAAGGGAAAAGUGAUUCAGAAGAGGAAUUUGAAGAUGAUGUCACUACAGAAAAAAAUCACAAGGACCUUGAAAAAGUAGUGUCAUGUCUUCGGUAUGAUAUGAUCAUGAAAGCUGGUCUAGACGUUGCAAGAAACAAAGUGGAAGAUGCAUUCUACAGGAAUGAACUCAGGUUGAAUGGAGAAAAAUUGUGGAAAAAAAGCAGAACUGUGAAAGCUGGUGACACACUGGAUCUCCUACUAGGUGAGGACAAAGAAACAGAAGCCAUGGUAGUUACACGAGUUGUCUUAAGAAAAGUAUCAGAAAAGACUGGAAACGAAAAAUACAAAGUGAUUUUGAGGCGCUGGAGACGCUUAAAAGUACCCAAACAGGAUGUACUUAAGUAACAAGGGUUUGCAUGUGGCAGCAUGAGACUUCUUGUGGAAUUGUAUCAUUGUAGCUAAACAUGAAUUUUGGUUAAAGAAAAUUGUGGUACCUUUUCUUAAGGGUUUGUGAUAAAAUAUUACCAUCCUUGCCACAUACAUCACUAUUGGUCCUGUGACAGUUUGUCAGUUCAGUCUGUUCUGUUCAUUUUUUUUUAUGGUAUUGUGGAAAACGUUUAAUUUCCAGGUGGUUCACCUAAAGAUGGUAUCUAUAUAUGAUGGAUGAAUAAAGAGUGAGUAUACCUAA